AUGGGCACAACUGGUGGGUCAACAGGUGUUGCCCUCACUGCUCUGCCUCUGCCACGUCCAAGACCGCGUCCACAGCCUCUGGUGGCCUCAGUGGGUGGCAUUAGUGGUCAUCCACCACGUUCUACUAGUACGUCUUACAGCGGUUCCGAAAUUUAUGAAUGGAAUCUUGAUAGCUUAACUGAUAGACAGUUAACUAUUCUUGUACAUAGAAUGCUUAUGUACUCAAAUAUAUGUAAAAGUGUUAAGAACACAGAUAGAACAAUUUGCAAAAUGAUUAUUGCAGGCUUUACUGGCCAGCUUCGUGGCUGGUGGAAUAACUAUCUAUCCGUUGAAGAAAAGGCAACAUUUAUUAAUGCUACCGCCAUUGACGAAGGGGUUGAUAAUAUAGGCAUGGCUCUAGUUAAAGGUAGAGAAGAUGUUAUUUAUACCCUUAUCCUUACAAUUCUAGAACAUUUUAACGGUAGAUUUACCAAUCAACAUAAGAUCGUCAGUACUUUACUAAAUGGGCUUAGAUGUAGGACCCUUAGUGAAUUUAGAUGGUACAAAGAUACUUUUAUGAGUAGGGUUAUGGAGCUACCCGAUAACAAGUAUGAACAUUGGAAAGCUAAGUUUAUAGACGGCCUUCCCUCCUUAUUCGCUAAUAGAGUAAGAAAAGCGUUAAGAGGUAGUUACGGGGAAAUUCCGUACAGAAAUUAUACCUAUGGUAAACUUAUAGGAGUGUGUACACAAGAAGGAUUAAACUUGUGUAAUGAGCUGAAGCUUUCUAGACAGCUUAAGAUUAAUAAGCUUAAAGAGAAAUCCCAAUUAGGUGACUUCUGUACCCAGUUCGGUUUACUCGGAACCUCUACUCAAAGUAAGAAAAAGAAGAAAAACAGAUAUCAUAGGUAUCCUAACCCUGAUAGCCCGUAUAAGAAAAAGAGAUCUAGAUAUAGAUCUAAAGAAGAGUGUGAUACUAGAAAAGCGCAUCGCAAAUCUACUCGAUUUACGAAGAACAGAUCAAAGAGAGAUCUCGCUGAUAUUAAGUGUUAUAAGUGUGGAAAAUUUGGGCAUAUCGCUCCAAAUUGCAAGCUUCAAAAGCUAAAGGCCUUAGAACUAGACGAUGUGUUACAUGACAAAGUUUAUAACUUGUUAUACACUUCCGGAUCACAUUCUGAUUAUACUUGUUCUGAGACUGAGUCCGAAGCUGAGAUUGAUCUGAAUGUAGUAAAGAUUUGGAUAAUACUUGCACUGCUUGUAAAGAUGGUUGUUGAUGUUUGCGCCGAUCACACUAGUGCCUUUUUGAACCGAAAAAGGCAUAUUGUAACUCUUCCUUACGAAGAAAACUUCUCCGAGGAUGAUAUCCCCACUAAAUCUCGACCUUGCUAG